CCCUAGGUGGCGCUGCUCUGCCCCUGGCGCUCUGUAUCCGGGGCUCUCUCGGUGGUUCUCGCAGUCUGUAACCGGUUCCUGACAUCCAGCCGGGUCCCGGAGACACCAUGGGUGAGAUAUCGGUAACCGGGACCCCGAGCCAGGCACGGCGGGCUCCCCGGGAGAGAACGGGGCGGGAAAGGGGGGUCAGUGCCCGGGGGAGGGGAGACAGACAGACAGACAGACAGACAGGGGAACCCGAGUUACUGGGCAGCAAAGGAGGGUGACGUGUCCUAAACUUCAACAGAGAUACAGCAGCUGGCUGUGUGUGUUAUAUUAUUAUAUUAUAGUGUGUGUGUUAUAUUAUUAUAUUAUAUUAUAUAUAGUGUGUGUGUGUAUUUAUUAUUAUAUAGUGUGUGUGUUAUAUUAUUAUAUAGUGUGUGUGAGUAUUAUAUUAUUAUAUAGUGUGUGUUAUAUUAUAUAGUGUGUUAUAUUAUAUUAUUAUUAUAUAGUGUGUUAUAUUAUUAUAUUAUAUAGUGUGUGUUAUAUUAUUAUAUUAUAUAGUAUGUGUUAUAUUAUUAUUAUAUAGUGUGUGUUAUAUUAUUAUAUUAUAUUAUAUAGUGUGUAUUAUAUUAUUAUAUAGUGUGUGUUAUAUUAUUAUUAUAUAGUGUGUGUGUGUAUUAUAUAUAUAUUAUAUAUAGUGUGUGUGUGUGUGUUAUAUAUACAUUAUAUCAACUCUGUAUUCAUAUAUAUAUACAUUGUCCUAUAUACAUUAUAUCAACUCUGUGUAUAUAUAUAUAUAUAUAUAUAUAUAUAAAUUCUCUGAUUGUGUGUGUAUAUAGUGUCCUAUAUACUAUAUAUCAAUUCUUUGUUCAUAUAUAUGAAUUUAUUUCAUUUAUAAUGGCAAAACCGGUGUUUUUUUUGGUGCAAAAAGAUAAAUAUUGAGAGACAUUUUGUUGGCCGCUACGGUAAUUGCUCCUAAACUAGCACUUUGCUCCAAAAUAGCAUCUUUUUCCCUUGAUAAAUCUCCCCCAUUUUAUGUGAACAUAUAUAGAAUCACAUAUACAUCGUACAGGCUCUAUGUUUAUAUUUAAUGUAUUGUAAACAUCAUACCAACACUCUGUGUAUAAUACCAGAUUACUGUCUGUGUAUAUAGUAUCCUUUGUACAUUAUACCAGCCCUUUCUGUAUGUGUCCAUAUAGUUGAAAUUCUCAGGAAAACCAGUGGCAGUCCAGCAAGAUGGAAAUAACCCUCCCCCCCCCCCGUUUCCCGACUUUGUGAGAGUAAGGGAGGUGUUUCUGCCCCAUUUAUAAAAGUAUCAACUACUUUUAUUACUUUUACUGAAAUUGGCACUUUUAUAAAUGGUCAAAAAUAUGACAGGCUCCGACACAAAACUUUUUCUGCAAGCUAAAGCAGGGCUUGAUAAAUUUGCUUUCAAUCUGGGAGCCAGCUAGAGAAAAGUUAGGAGUCAGUUUUUUUCCUCAACGACAAAAAUACAAUUCUUAAAGGAACACUAUAGUCACCAGAACCACCACAGCUUAAUGUAAUGGCUCUGUUGUAUAUAGCCUGUCCCUGUAGACCUUUCAAUGUAAAAGCUGCCUUUUCUGAGAUAAGGCAGUUUUUACAUUGCUGCCCAGUAACACCUCUAAUGGCUGUCACUCAGAUGGCCAUUAAAGUGUCUCCUAUCUUAGUCCAAAAUGUGCAGCACCUACAUCCAGCGUCUCCAUGCCCUCCUCUAUGAGGUGACGCUGAUUGGUAAUUGCUAAUUUGAGCUAUGGAGGCUGGCCAGCUACAGCGAGACCGGCAUGGCGCUGGGUAAAAGAUAAUUCCCAAUGCGAUCAGAGGGGGUUGGUGACCUAAACAUACACAUUCACUGAGAGACACCCGGACUGACACACACACAGACACACACCCGCUGAGAGAGACAGACAGACACACACACACACACACUGAUAGAUACACACACACACACACAUUGACACAGUCAGUCACGGAAACAUACAGACACAGAGACACACUGACAGACACACCCUUGCCAGAGACAGUCACACACAAAGUAUUAUUUAUUAUUGAUACACUCAAAUAUAUACAUGAAUAUUCAUACAUACACACAGACAAAUACUCUUACAGACAUACACACAUGACAGAUACACAGAAAAUAAAAAAGAAAAAUACAUAUUUUUAGCCACCCUCCUACCUUUUUGGCUCAGGAGGGUGGUUCCCUGUGGUCAAGUGGGGCUGGGCAGCAACAGUUGACAUCUGGUUAGUGGGGCUGACUGCGGCUAAUGGGAGUAGGCAGCCGCUGUUCCAGACUCCCUCCUUCUGCCACCUCCUCUCUCUCCAGCCCCGUGCAGCUCUGUGCCUGCUGGGAAGAAGUGAAGGGAACUUCCUCUCGGCGCUGAGGUCACCCACGGUAGAGGGCGACCCGUGUGCAGCAUUGGGGCGGAAGGUGGGCAGGGAGCAGGGUCGGCUCCGAGGAAUGGGUCUUUACCUGGUGUCCUGCCCGUUUACCUUGCCCCAUUCCCCUUGUGCUGCCUCUGCACUGGUAGGAAGUAAUUACAGUUCUUCACUUCUUCCCGGCGCACAGAGAGCUGCAUGGGGAUUGAGAAAGGGGUAGAAGGGAAUGGGUUGACCAAUCCCAGGUGCUAGUUCAAAAUAUUUAGUCGACCUGGCGCCUGGGAUUUGUCGAGCCAUGAGUUAAAGUGUAUUAUGUGUGUGGAGUGUUGUUUUGUUUUUUUAAAGAUGUUUCAGGACCUUUCUAUCUGUACCAGAGGGUUUCACCAUUGUUGGUUGCUGCUUGUCCUCCUGGCACAUAUACUGACACUCAUAAUUUUAUGGCUGAUUGCUGUGCAUAGUUACAUGGUUACAUAGCUGAAAAGAGACUUGUGUCCAUCAAAAUCUGCAUGGUGUUGGAAAUUGUCAAAACCUGGCAAGCCCCCUUUCAACUUCAAUUCUAAUUUCGGGAAGUUUGACCAGGCAUAUAUCUACUUCAGAAUCUGCCUUAGCUCCCUGACAAGUUAGUAAAUUAGCUGAGGUCCUUAAGAGGGAGCUGCAAUAUCCCUGUCCCUCUUAGUCCUACAAUAUAAAUCAUUGCAGAUUUAGAGAAAUUGCAAUGAUAACAAUGCAGGACUAAGACUGCCUCUAGUGGUUGUCAAUCAGACAACCACUAGAGGCACUUCCUGCUUACUAGGCGACUUUUGGACACCUGACACUGGACAUCCUCACGCUCUGCAUGAGGACAUCCAGUGUCAGUUAAAUCCCCAUAGGAAAGCAUUGCAGCAAUGCUUUCCCAUAAGAAAGGCCUAAGGCACUGUGCCGUAGCCUCAUUUAAUGUUUUUUUUUUUUUGUAUUUUAGAAACAAAAUUGUUAUAACUUAUGUGAAAGGCGAAAUUUAGACAGGACUGGAGGUGAUCGUGGCAUAACAUAGAGUCUCAGACCAUUUUGAUGGUUAAGGUAUUUAGCAAGCUCCUUUAAGCAUUUUACAUAAUAGUCUAGUCUAGAGGAGAAAGAUAAAUAAUUAUGUUUCUCCCCCUGUCUCUAUAAUCUCUGUUUGGCUGACAGGUGCAAAGUGCAGGGCUUAUAUUAUUAAAGAAAAACUGUAGGCACAGUAACCGUUCCAACUGACCAUUUCAAUCACUUCUCAAUUAAUUGCUGUGGCGCACGGCGAAAGGAUAUAGGUCUGCCGCCGCCAUUUUGUUUUUGGAGGCUGGGCUGCAGGCUCCUAGGGACUGAGCAUUUCUGCUAAACAGUGAGUCAACCUUUUUGCAGUAAUGCCGACCCAUUGCCAGGCACCAUAACCACUACGAUUAGUUGAAGUGGUUAUGGUGGUUACCGUGCUCCUUCAAUUGACAAGGAACUAAGAUAGAGGUUUUAGAAAACCCUCCUUCAUUUGGUAUGCCGAUCCUCCCAUUCCAAACAGCGAUCCAUUAUUUUCUAAUGUACAGAUUUGAUUUCUAUAUUUUAUUUUUUAGACCUCACAAACAUAAUUGUUAAAUAUAGACAGUAAGUAAACAUAAUGAAAAAAUACUGGGUAGUACAUUUUUCUCCUUUAAAUUGUUUCAUAACUGUGGGUCAGGCUUGUUGAAAAUACCCAAAAAAGCUUUGCAUAUUGCAAACCAUGGGUGAAUGGUGUUACUUUUAUUCUGGCCGUUAUCAUGCAGGCUUGCAUGGAUCUCAAUAUUAUAUUACUGAAUACUUGGCUGGCCCUGGAGGGGAGUUAAUGAGCCAAUUCCACAAUUGUGUUUGUAUAUAGCGAGCACAAACUACCACUCUCCUGCUCUCAAUAUCGAUGCCAGGCAGCUACAGAUCUGAAUUAAUAGAUUCUGAUCUCCCAUGUCCUUCCAAACAUGCCACAUUGUAAAUAACCUGCAUUGAGGACGCCACACACAAUAACAACAACAGAAAUUGGGUUACUGAUAGGGUGAAGCACACGUACACUGCUGAUAUGCAGAAGGGAGUGUUAAUGAUUGGGCUAGUGACAUGUUGACAAGAGAAUGGUGCAAAACCAAUUCUGCAUUCACUCAUGCUGACCCACUUCGCAAUGCACUCAUUAAUCAGUGAUUCUCCGUGCCCUUUACACACCUUGAAUUGGAAACUAAAUACCACUCAUGCACAUUUGAGAUGCCAAGUAAGUAUUUUAGCUUGGCUAAUAACUUGUGACUUUAACUUUUAAGAUGCCAGUGAAAAUUGCCAUGUAACAUCUAGUAGCAAACUCCUAUAAAGGUUAAAUUGAUGCGUAUGCUGCCUCUGUUCCCUGGGUUGGUAUGUAAUAUUAUGCUGAAUUGCUCCUGACUGUCCCCAUUUCUCUUUCCUGCAGCUGUGAGCACUGGAAUUUCUCUGGCAUUGUCCUCCCUGAUCUCCCUGCUGCUCUUUGCUGGGAUGCAGAUGUACAGCAGGCAACUUGCAUCCUCAGAGUGGCUCACCAUACUUGGAGGGUUGCUGGGAUCAGGAGUUUUCUUCUUCUCAUUAAUUGUAUCUUUUUUUGCUCUUGGCAGGCUGCCUCAACUGUUAUUCAGCCCGUGAGCAUGCGUUAGCCUGUCAAGAGGCAGGCUUAGCAAACCAGCAUUUCCACAUCCUUGAAAUACUUACCUCGCAAUGCACGUGGCUUCUUGGCUCACUGUAAAACCUCUAUUUUCCCAUCCAUGAACUGUCAGACACUUUGCACUACCUCCCUAUCCAUGGACUGCAUGACUCCUAGCACCACCUCCCUCUCACCAUCCAUGGACUGCAUGACUCCUAGCACCACCUCCCUCUCACCAUCCAUGGACUGCAUGACUCCUAGCACCACCUCCCUCUCACCAUCCAUGGACUGCAUGACUCUUAGCACCACCUCCCUCUCACCAUCCAUGGACUGCAUGACUCCUAGCACCACCUCCCUCUCACCAUCCAUGGACUGCAUGACUCCUAGCACCACCUCCCUCUCACCAUCCAUGGACUGCAUGACUCCUAGCACCACCUCCCUCUCACCAUCCAUGGACUGCAGGGCUCCUAGCACCACCUCCCUCUCCCUAUCCAUGGACUGCAUGGCUCCUAGCACCCCACCUCCCUCUCCCCAUCCAUGGACUGCAUGGCUCCUAGCACCACCUCCCUCUCACCAUCCAUGGACUGCAUGACUCCUAGCACCACCUCCCUCUCACCAUCCAUGGACUGCUUGAUUCCUAGCACCACCUCCCUCUCACCAUCCAUGGACUGCUUGAUUCCUAGCACCACCUCCCUCUCACCAUCCAUGGACUGCAUGACUCCUAGCACCACCUUCCUCUCACCAUCCAUGGACUGCAUGACUCCUAGCACCACCUCCCUCUCACCAUCCAUGGACUGCAUGGCUCCUAGCACCACCUCCCUCUCCCUAUCCAUGGACUGCAUGGCUCCUAGCACCCCACCUACCUCUUCCCAUUCCUAGACUGCAAGGUCCCUAGAACCCGACCUACCUCUUCCUAUUCCUGGAUUGCAGAGCUCCUAGAACCCCACCUACCUCUUAGCAUUCCUGAACUGCACAGCUCCUAGCACCGCCUACCUUUCUCCAUCUAUGGACGGCAGAGCUCCUAGAACCCCACCUACCUUUUACCAUUCCUGGACUGCAGGGUUCCUAGUUCCCUGCCUACCUCCCCAUCCAUGGACUGCAGGUCUUUUAUCAGCCCAUCCAUGGACUGCAGGGCUCCUAACACCACCUACCUCUCCCCAUUCAUGGACUACAGGGGUGGGGAGUGUUAAAGGGACACUAUAGUGUCAGGAAAACAAAUCGGUUUUCCUGACACUACAGUACCCUGAGGGUGCCCCCACCCUCAGGUUCCCCCUCUCGUGGGGCUUCAGUAGCUCACCUAAUUCCAGCGCGGGGAGGGGGCAUAUUGGGCAGGAACACUGUGGGGGAGGGGACAUAUUGGGCAGGAACACUGUGGGGGAGGGGGACUGGUAAGGAAGACUAUGGGGAGGAGGGUGGAAAGGAAGACUAUGCAAGGGAGGCUGGUAGAAAGGAAGACUAUGUAAGGGAGGGUGGUAAGGAACACUAUGGGACAGGGAAGGGGGGGGUGGUAAGGAACACUAUGGACAGGGAAGGGGGUGGUAAGGAACACUAUGGACAGGGAAGGGGGGGUCAAGACCAUUAUGGGACGGGGAAGGGGGGGAUGAAGAACAAUAAGGGGGAGAGAGGAACAUUAAGGGAGGACACUAAGGUACAGGGGAGGGAAGGGAAAAGGAACACCGGGAUGGGGGGAUACUAAAAGAGAAGGGAGAGGAAAAGGGAAAUGCGGGGGCACUAAGAGACAGGUAAGGGGUGGGGAGGAGGGGAGUUCCUACUGCACAUAUUUACAGACAAACACACUGCAUCCACUACACAAACACGCACACACACUGCAUUUACUAAUCAAAUACUCUCACUGCAUCCAUUACACACACACACAAAUAUUCUUGAAAACAUAAAAAAAUCUAACUGGCAUGUAUAUUUUGUGCAUUUACCACUUAAUAAAAAAAUAAAAAAAAUCUGGUAAACGUACAGAAUAUCGGUAAGCUAUCGGCUAUCUGCCUGAAAUUUCACAGAUUAUCGGUAUCGGCUCUAAAAAAAAUCAAUAAACAUCCAUGGACUGCAUGGCUCCAACCACCACCUUCCUUACCCAAUCACUGGAAUGCAGGGUUCUUAGCUCAACCUCCCUCUCCAUGGACAGCAGGCCUUCUAGUAUCACAUCUUUAGGGUCAUUUUCUUAUAAUUUUGUGUGGAGACUACAGCAUUUAUUGUUUCAUCCCUCAUUCUAUUCAUGGUCUACAGGGCGUGUAGUGUCAUAUCCCUCUCCUCAUUUACCCUGCAUGGUCUGCUGUCACAUCUUUCUCAUUCAUAACCAGGACAUACUUGAAAACGAGGGAAAUCUCUAUCUUUCCUGGUAAAAUAUUUUAUAAAUAAAUUCUGUGGACUCCAAAGCCUCUGGGGUCAAGUUCCUCUCCUUAUCUAUGAAAUGAAUUGCAAAGCUCAUAGUGUGACCUAUCUUUCCAGUGGACUGCAGAGCUCCCAGCUUCACCACAUUCUCCCCAUACAUAGAAGGACCUCUUUAAAAUAACUUUUAAAAAUAAAUUUUUGUAGGAAUUUAUACAGAGCCAGUAAGUCUGUGAUAUGUGAAGAGUGUAAAGCACUUAGGUUGUAUUUAAUAAUGCAUUUAUUAUUGUAUUAAAUCUAUUCCAAAGUUGGGUAUAAAAGUUAGCACAAAGGGCGAAAACAUUAUUUACCCUAAUAAAUAUUUUAUUUUCUAUUUCUUAACUUUGUUCUAAAGAACAAAUAAAAUUUUACACAUUUAAAAUGGAACAGAUAUUCUACAAUUGUCACAUUAAUAAUGUAUUCAACCACUCCUUGGUAUAGCUUCCCAUUUACUGUCCAUCAAUCCCGCUUUACUUCCAUGAUGUAAUAUAUAUCCUGUUUAAGCCCAAUGCCUCCUUAACUUUGAGCACAGGCAUUUAGUAACCUGGAGAACGUUGUGUUUGGAAAAGGAUUCCAGGCAAAGAUCUUCCCAGAAGGUGCGUUUAUUUUUAUUUUUUUUGUUCAUUUAUUUGCAUCCCUUUAAGCUGCUUCUCCCUCCAGCUGCCCACUUGCACUUUUUUUCUUUAUUUACUUAUUUUAUUUAAAAAUGGCAAAUUGUUACGAGAAACAAUCCCCCUUCUCUCCUGUCAGAUAUUCACUACCUUGUCCAUACAGUACCCCGUCUCUGCUUACCCUCUCAGCAUUUGUCUAUUUUUAAACUUUUCUCUGUAUUUUCUGCAGUUGUCGUUUGCCUGUUUAUUGCGCUUUUUGCCUCUGGUCUGGUACACAGAGUCUGCGUGACGACCUGGUAAGUAACACAACAGAGUGUGAAAUUAGAAGAUAAAUUGGGAUUGUGCUGAGAUUGGUUCUAUCACUGUCUUAGUGCUGCGGACUCCUAAUACAGGGAGAGAGAUAUGUGCCGUCCUGCUGGUCAAGAUAAAUUCAGUAGGUUACAGACCUGAAGGGGCUUGCUAAUAGGGAGAGAUGUGGUUUACUGCCACAAGACACGAGACAGAUCUAAUGAAUGGCAUGUCUUAGUUUUUCGAUGUUUAUAGUGUGUCGGGACCUCUGGAGAGGUGUAUCAUUUUCACUAUCUCCAAGUUGUAAUUCAGAAACUGGCACAUUACAUAUGUCAAAGUCUGGUGAUAAUCAACAAAGGGCCCAGCUUUAGAGAACUAUGAACAUCACAAGGCUCUUACAUAAUGUUUCUGAAUGAGACCUUUUUCUCCACCUCCCCAUGGCAUAAGCCGAAACUCACUGUGAUAUAGUGCAGGACUUCACCUACUCCGUAACUUACCUUUUUACCUUUCCCAGCUUCAUUUUCUCUCUGGUGGACCUCUACUACGUCAACAAGAUCUCCUCUGGACUCUACCAGACAAUGGCACCGGCUGUUACACCUGGCAAGGUGAUCGGAAAGAGCAAGAAAAGGAACUAAUUUUGGUUUCUUCACUUGAGCCCCACUUAGCGAGAGUGGGCCCCCAUGUACAUUCCACCUUUAUUCUGUCUGUCCCUGGGAAAUAAAGUGUUCUUUCUAAUUUUGGCUCGCCUCCUCAAUGUCCAGACAACAGAGACCCUGCUGAUUAUUGGUCACAUACAGUAUUAGAUCGGCUGUUGCUUCACGUUGGAAGGGUCCUUCGUUUAUUUUUACUGCGUUCGUUUUAG